UAAUUGAAACCAACCUUAAGCUUUUUUUAUCUCCGCCUUAAAGGUAGCCCCGAUUAUUGCUGAUUUAAGCAUCGGAGUGUCUAUCCUGAGUUCAACCUCGGGGCUUUGCAAGUCAUCUCGGAGUGCAAGUGCGGACUGAAGAAGGACUUCUGGUUUGGUGCAAUUACAUUGGCGCCGUCUGUGGGAAUCGAACUAAAAGCUUUCUAGUUGUUCUUUCAUCAUGGUUCACACUCGAUCAGUCCGAGCUGGUAAUUCAUCUCUGCCUCAUGGGCAAGGUCAACCCUCAAACAACCUUCCACCUCUGAUCCCACCUCAACUUCCACCUCAGGUCCCAACCAUAUUCUCUCCUAUUGAUCAUGCAGAAGGAGGAGAUGAAAACCAACCCCAUAUCUCAGCUCACAAUUUAACUUCCACUGUCAACCAAGACGCGGUGACAGCUCAGCUUGCUGCCAUGCAGCAGCAGUUUGGUGUUUUUCAGUUGGUACUAGCUCAGCUUUUAGCUAGAAAUAAUCCUGGUGAUCCCCUCAUUAAUUUACUAAACCCUACUCAACAACCCCCAGCUCCACAACAGAAUCCCCAACCAGUUCAACCUGCUCCCGCUAUUAGCGAAUCUCAGGAUCAAUCCCACAUAGCACCCGCUCAGCAACCCAUCCCUGAUGAUGUUACUCGUCGCCUUGAUAGCUUAGAAAAGCUGAUAGCUGAACACCGAGGUGCUCCACCCCCACAACAUGCUACUGAUUCCAUACUUCAUCCCUUGAAUACCAACAUCACACUGGAACCCUAUCCUACUGGCUUCAAAAUACCACAACUGGAGACUUAUGAUGGGAUGAAGGAUCCCGAUGAUCACCUGCAUGCUUUUUACUCUUGCAUGCAAGCACAGAAUGCCUCUAACGCGUUAAUGUGCAAGAUCUUCCCCUCUACUCUGCGAGUAGAAGCUGUAAUCUCUGGUCUCAAACAUGACAGGUUCCGAGACAGUUUGAUCAAACAUGCUGCCACCACCUUUAGUGAGAACCCAGAAUGGAGAGAUGACAACCCGAGCCGAAACAGGAUGAGAAUGGUGCAGAACCGAGGUCCAGUGUUGACCUCCCCACCAAGAUUCGGAAGGUCGAACUCCACGCCCCCACAACAAUCUGCAGGUAAACCUCCAGUUAAUUGGACUCCAUUUAAUUUGCCGAGGUCACAAAUUUUUAUGCAAAUCAAAAAUAAGAUGGACUUGAGACGUCCCGGCCCAAUGCGAACUACUGCUGCUAGUCGAGACCAUACCAGAUAUUGUGAUUUUCACCAGGAUCACGGCCAUACUACAGAGCAGUGUAAUAGUUUAAAGUCCGAACUGGAAAGUUUAGCUCAGAAGGGAAUGCUGAAUGAGUAUGUACAGCGAGCUGAACAGCCGAGGUUUGUCAGAGAACAGAGGCUGCAACCUCAAGGAGCCCGCAACCCCCCAAAUAGGCAAGGUGUGGGAUAUCAACAAACCCCACCUCCACUCCCACCACCAGCUAGAAUCAUACAUAUGAUUACGGGAGGCCUUGAAGUAGUUGUUACACCCCACAAUGAUCCUUUGGUCACUUCUGUCAUGAUUAACAACUAUGAAGUACAACGUGUCCUUGUUGACACCGGGAGUGCACCAGACAUCAUGUACUUCCACUGUUUCGAGAGUCUGGGACUAGAUCCAGCAUUGUUGCAGAAGUAUGAUGGUCCUAUCUAUGGUUUCAAUAACCAACCUGUUCUGGUAGAAGGAGUUCUUACCCUCCAUGUGGCUUUUGGGAGGGGUAGAACCUAUGUGACCCCGUCGGUCCGGUUCCUUGUAGUCAAGAUGGCGUCCUCUUUCAACAUUGUUAUUGGCCGACUCACACUGACUGAAAUCCGAGCUGUGGUUUCCCAAUCUCACCUCUGUAUGAAGUUCCCAACUCCCAUGGGAAUAGCAACACUGCGAGGAAACCAAGAGGUGGCCAGGCAUUGUUAUAUCACCUCGGUAACACAACCCUUGAAGGGCAAAGCUCAGACACCCGAAGCCAUUCCCCAGCAAAUUUCUGAUAAUCAGCAAAUUAUGGGUGUUGAGAUCGUAGAUAAUCGACCGGAAGAUGAAACCAGAGCUGCUCCGGUCGAAGAUGUUGAAGAAGUACUUAUUGAUGACAGAGAUCCGAAUAUGCCAGGAAUUCCAAAUUCAGUCUCUCAACAUAAGCUCAGCACCAAUCCAUUGAAGAAACCAGUGGCCCAGAAGCGGCGUCUCUUCGGGGGUGAGAGGCUUCAGGCUAUUAAAGAAGAGGUAACGAAGGUCCUGCAGGCUGGUUUUGUCAGGAAAGUCGAUUACUGUGAAUGGGUGGCUAACCCAGUUCUGGUGCCAAUGGCUCUAGAAGACGAAGAGAAAAUCGCGUUCUAUGCUGGAAAUGAAAUUUAUUGUUAUGUCAUGAUACCGUUUGGCUUGAAGAAUGCAUGUGCUACUUAUCAGAAAAUGGUAACCAUUGUCUUCCACGCCCAGAUUGGCAAGAACCUGGAGGUAUAUGUCGAUGACAUUGUGGUAAAGAGCCUAAAAGCAGAAGACCAUCUCGUCGACCUCGACGAAACCUUUAAUAACCUUAAAAAGAACAGGAUGCAGUUGAACCCAGCCAAAUGCAUCUUCGGAGUGGAGUCCGGAAAAUUUCUAGGUUUCAUGGUGUCUCGAAGGGGAAUUGAGGUCAAUCCAGAAAAGAUCAGAGCCAUUGCCGAGAUGGAACCGCCGAAAUCAGUGAAGGAUAUACAAAGGCUGACUGGAAGGGUGGCAGCUCUACAUCGGUUCAUAUCGAAGUCAGCAGAUAAAUGUCUGCCAUUUUUCAAAAUUAUGAGGUCAGCCGCCCAGAAAGACGAGUCAGGGAAGCAAAAGAAGUUCGAAUGGAGCCGGGAAUGCCAAGCUGCAUUUGAAGAGCUGAAGUCUUAUCUUAGCUCACCGCCUCUGUUGACUAAAGCUGUACAUGAAGGUGUCUGUGGGAGCCACGUCGGUGCUAGAACUCUGGCUCACAAAGUCUUAAGACAAGGAUACUGCUGGCCAAACAUGUACAAAGAUGCCACUUACUUUGUUCAGAAAUGCCUGAAAUGUCAAUUCUUCGCACACCUGACUCAUCAACCAACAGAAGAGCUCACGAACUUGGCAGCGUCGUGGCCAUUCGCUCAGUGGGGACUGGAUCUUUUAGGCCCAUUUGUGAAAGGGGUUGGUGGUGUAACCCAUCUGAUUGUUGGUGUGGAUUAUUUCACGAAGUGGGUUGAAGCUCGGCCUUUAUCUAGUCUUACCUCUAAGAAGGUCGAAGAUUUUGGUUUCAGUUCGAUCAUCUACAGAUAUUGGAUCCCAAAUCAGAUUGUGGCUGAUAAUGGAACUCAAUUCAAUUACUCCUCAUUUCGAGAUUUCUGCUCCAGUUAUGGGAUCAAGUUACAGUUCACCUCCGUUUACCAUCCGGAGUCCAAUGGCAUGGUGGAAUCUAUUAACAAAUGCAUUUUGGAAGGUAUAAGGCCGAGAUUGGAGCAGCAGAAGGCCAAGUGGGCAGACGAGCUCAACAACGUCCUCUGGGCAUACAGAACCACGAGCCGAACUGCCACAGGUGAAACACCCUAUCAUCUGGCCUUUGGUACCGAAGCAGUCAUUUUUGUUGAAAUAGGAGUCCCAAGCUUCCGGGUCACCCAUUUCGAUGAGGGACAAAAUGGACAACUGCUUCGGGAAAACCUUGAUCUGCUUGCUGAAGUCAGAGAAGGAGCUCGGCUUCGAACUCUUGUAUAUAAGCAGAAACUAGCCAACUUAUACAAUAAACGGGUCCGCCCUCGAACAUUCAAAGUAGGAGACCUUGUUCUCAAGAAAGUUGGCUUAACGGGGUUUGAAACUCGUUUUGGCAAACUUGCCCCAAAUUGGGAAGGUCCUUAUGCCGUGGCCGAAGUGCCACAUCCUGGUGCCUAUAUUCUCCCAGACGCUGAAGGAAAAAGAGUUCCUAGAGUCUGGAAUGUCAAUAAUUUGAAGAAAUUUUACCCCUAAUGAAAUUCUUCCAAGCAAUCUAUGUUUUACUAUUCUUUAUGCUUCUCACUCCGUGUUUGUUAAGAUUGAUUUUAUCUCUUUUUCCAUGUAUCCGAGGUCAAUCAGUACUUAAACCUCUCUUCUGAUUAAUAAAAGUUACUUCACAUG